AUGGCUAGAAAUAAGAGCAAGGCGGACGGCAUGCGACCGAACGGGUCAGCACAAUGCACUUCUGCUGUGCAGAGCGCUUCGGCCACCGAAGCAAGCCCUUUUCUUUUCAAAACGGCAAGAGGACAAGUUGCAGAGAGCUCACCUUCCACCACCCCCAGAAACCCAUUCCUGUUGCCAUCAGUUCCAAAACCCACAAAUGGUCCGAAAUCUACCACCACAACCGCCAUCACCGAAAAGAACACGCACAAGAAGGCCCUUUCGAAAGACGAGUACCUUGCGGAAGCCCAGAGGCGGCACAACGUCAGCCGUGCCAGGAGAGACGCCGAGCUGAGGGAGUUGUACCGAAGUUGCCCAUCUAUCAAACGUGCCAUCAAGCGUUAUUCCCAAAGGAGGUCCCAGUGGGCGAAAUCGAUGAGGAAAUUACAAAAAGCCGGCGCUUUCUUGGAGAAUAUGGGCGCCCUCGGCGGUGCUCCGCAAUUACAAAAGAUGUCACCCAAUGGUUCAGCCAUAGCCACCAUAGAACCACCAUCAGCCAAUUCUCCGGCUCUUCCUCAGACCAAUUUCACUGUAGACGACCAUCCCGAUAAUAACAGCAGCAAGGCUCCCAGUGUCACCAGCAGCUCCGACGAAACAGUCAAGUCGGACACUAGGACGGUCGACUCCCUUUCGACGAACAUCACGACACCGGACCUGUCCGACUGUGAUAGCCUGGUCAAAUCCGCGACGAAACCAACCAAGCAAAAUACGACUUCCUCCUCAGCUUCAGUGACCUCCUCAGCUUCAGUCACCCCUUCACAAGACAAGACCGAUGCUGUCACAGAACAGCCCGCUCCCAAAGCAGAGAAGUUCAAGAUUACUAUCAACGUCGAGACUGUAGCCCCAUCGAAGGGGUCCAAGUCUUCCACCCAAAACGCCAAACAGGAUGCGGCACCAAUAACCACCAGCGGCGCUCUGACGCCCAAGAAGUCGGUUGACGAGAAGGCCGAGAAGAAGCAGAAGACGAGCAGCGACAAGGCGGACGGUCAAGAACUCCAGAAGGAGAAGCAAAAGGAGAAGAAGCCCAAGGCCGACGGUGCUGCCCAACCAACGCCAGAAAAGAAGUCCAAGAAGCACAAGCGGGAUGAGGACGACAAGGACAAGGAAGAAGGCGCCACUGAGGAGCCCAAGGCGAAGAAAUCCAAGACCUGCAGCUCAGAACCCCCAGCCAUGACUCCUGCCUCAGGCAUCGACAAGUCCUAUAAGCCCUACCCGAACGUACCCCCAGAAAUCAGGAAAGAGCUCUUCAUCGUCAAGGCCGAAGAAAUGAUUUUCGACCCGCUCGGCUACGACGACUUGGUCUACGACGACACCAGGCCCAAGAGCAAGCGGCCCAAGUGGAGGAAGACCGGUCGCAACACGGGUCACAACGAUAUGAUGAUGUCCGGCGGUAUUGGUCCUGCAGACGGAUCCUCCUCUUCUGGUUCCCACAAGUCCAAGAAGAACCGGUCGGGCGGUGACGACAGUCUCUCCAAGCAGGUGCUCAAGAAGGGGCAUAACAAGAGGGUUGCGGAGGAGGUUUCUUCGCUCAAGGAGUCGGGCUCGAGCUCCACUUUCGGGGAGAAGAGGGAGAAGAGGGAGAAGAGGGAGAAGAACGAGUUCAAGAAGAACAAGCACGGCCACGACCACGGCCAUCGGGACCAGCACGAGCGGGACGGCCAGAAGAACUGGAAGCAUAAGCCAAACCAGUCGGGGAGUUUGGCGGCCAAGUUCAGGAGGCACAACAAGUGA